UCUGCCGAGCACUGAACUCUAAACCCCCGCAGAUCUGUUCAAUGAGAGCACAAGAUAAUAUCAUAAUAUCGAAAGUGCAUUAGUGGUCGCUUUUACGGUUCACCACUUCAGCAGGGAAUAAUAUUCCGUAGCAUAAGGAAUUCCGAUGAAUAUUCGGUGCAGUUGAUGAUCCGUGGCGUUUAUACAGUCUGCCCGGAGUGAGACAGCGUAGAGGCUGAACCCACUGCAGCUGAUGUUCUCAGGGACCAGAGUCACGUGAUGUACGAAGGUAAACACAUCCAUUUCUCAGAGGUGGAUAAUAAGCCGCUGUGCUCCUACAGCCCCAAACUCUGCAAGCAGCGCAGAUUGAACGGAUACGCCUUCUGCAUUCGUCAUGUUCUGGAGGACAAAACCGCUCCGUUCAAACAGUGCGAGUAUGUGGCGAAGUACAACAGUCAGCGGUGCACCAACCCCAUCCCCAAAGCAGAGGAGCGACGAUACUGUAACAGCCACCUGCAGGUGCUGGGCUUUAUCCCGAAGAAGGAGCGCAAGAAGAAGCACGAGGCCCACGUGGAGUCGGUGGCCCUCAACAUCACCGUUCCCUCUCUAGCCCUUAGAGACUCCAACGGGCUCGCCCCGUCCCUGACCCCGAUGCACCUCUCGGACGCCGACCUCCUCGACCCCUUCGCCUUCUACGAGGAGGACACGGACGGGGAGGAGAGCGUGGCGCAGAAGAGCUUCGGGAGGCCUGUGAUCGGCCUGAGAGUGACCACCCGUGACCCGGAGCGCGUCAUCUCUGAGACCUGCACACUUCCGACCCCCCCACGCUUACCGAAACCCCCGCCGCCUCCUCCGCCGGCUCCACCUCCACCCCCACCCUCGGCGCGACUCGUCCCGCCACCUGCGCACACGGACCGGCCCGGGGCGGGUCAGACGCUGCUGUGCAAACCCGCUCCUCCUCAGACUGGGCCUUCUGUGUCGUCUGGGCUUCAGCAGAGACCUGUCCCCGCCGCAACCCCUCGCCCCCCCGACGGCCCGCCGCCCCGCUCCGUGGCCAUGCGCCCCGCGGCCUUCACGGCGCCCCCUGUCUGCCUGCUCCGGCUACAGCACCUCGUGCAGCUCUACGCUCACAGACAGCGGGAGCACGGAGACCUGUUCCCACAUCUCGGGCUAGACUGGUCUGAGGACAGUUCAGAUGAAGAUACAGAGGAGCUUGUUCCUCUAUUGCCUCAGGCCUGUAGACUUCAGGAAAGAAGCUCCUCCAAUGAAAAGCCUCUUUCCCGGCGGGCACGUCUGGCACAGCUCUGCUCGUACCUGCAGGAGAGGUACAAACACCUGUGCCGACAGGACAGGGCCGCCACCCGGCACAGCAGAUACCGAUACGCCUUCCGGAAAGCUCUGCUUCACGCUGCGAGCAAAGACCCAGACUGCACUGCACAACUCAUUCAGAAGCUCAGCAAGAGCUCUCAGACCUCCGCCGGUUCAAGGUCUGCAAUACCACAAAAGUAUGAACGGGUAAUAUGUACGGGAACCACGAAGGGUCAAAACUGCAGCGACGUAGCUUUGCCAUUUUCACGCCACUGUUUUCAACAUAUCCUACUGAAUCGCUCGCAGCAGCUGUUCUCCAGUUGCACGGCACGGUUCGCUGAUGGACAGCAGUGCUCCGUUCCUGUGUUUGACAUCACUCACCAGACACCUCUUUGUGACGAACAUGCAAAGAAAAUGGAUAAUUUUCUGCGUGGAGAUGGCAACAGACGCAGUCUGCAGCAACAGCGGCGUCCACGUAAGAAGACCAAACCACCUGCACUGACUAAGAAACACAAGAAGAAGAGACGACGAGGUCCUCGCCGACCGCAGAAGCCCAUUCCCCCAGCCGUGCCACAGGGCAACUUACUAAUGCCCUCCCUCUCACUGCCCGCCCACCACGCCCAUGUCAGGAGUCCGUCGACCCCCGAACUCAGUGCGGAUGAGCUUCCUGAUGACAUCACAAACGAAAUGCCUGACAUUCCCAACGACCUCGAGCUGAACCAAGAAGAUUUCUCUGACGUGCUGCCCAGACUCCCUGACGAUCUGCAGGAUUUCGACCUUUUUGAGGGUAAGAAUGGAGAGUUGUUGCCCACCACAGAGGAGGCAGAGGAGCUAGUCCGAGCCCUGCAGGCGAUGGGCUCGUAUCCCGACUCCCUGGCCUGUUUGUCCUCGAUGGGUGAACUGACCCCGGCGGACGGGGUGGACCACCGCACCAUGGCUGUGUUCUCCGGGUCAGGGGUCACGACGACCGGCAUUGGAGAUCUUCUAACCAGCCGAGAGACCUUUCACAAUCUAGAACUGGAGGGGAACCUCCUCCAUGCCCCAACAGACCAUCAUUUCCCAACAUCCCCUUCUCCGCAGCCAACCCAGAGCGGCACCGCAAGCUCAAACGGGGGAUUGACACAACGAACGUUUUCCCGAGCGCCCAAACCGGAUACUCAUUACAGCAGCGAGCCCUACAGGGAUCACAUCUCGCCCCGACACGGUGCCUCUUAUCAAACCGACCCGCCUCUCCUAUUGGAGGUGCCUUUGGGUGGAGCACCGGUUCCUCCGCGCACCUCCUGGAAUAACCUCCCUCUCUCGCUCACCGACCCGGCUCAGUUCGGGAACCUCCUCACUGCUGAAACUCACCUUCUCUCCACCUCUCUGUCCACCCCUCCAUCCACGUCCCACUCCACAAUCCUGCAACCCAGCGCCGCGCUCUCCGCUCUUCCCCAAACCGGCCUCACCUCACCGUCGUCCUCGCCCUCCUCACGCGACCUCCUCACACACACCCACACACAACCUAAACUACAGCUCCCACAGUUCAGUGCAGCCUUCGGCCACCAACUGGCUUCCCACAGCGGGAUCCCCAAAGACCUGCAGCCCAGCCAUAGCUCCACAGCGCCCCCUACAGGCUUCAGCAUCACCAGUGCCACUGCUGCCACGCCCCCAUUCCCUCAGAGCAACUGAGGCCUUUCAAAGAAAUAGUCACUCACUUUUCAUUCGUGGAACAUGAAAGAAAUUUUGAUCAAUGUUCACUCUGCUAUUUUCCAUAAAACGAAACUUUAACGAGUAGUUCACUUUUGAAAAAAACUUUUGCUGAUAAUUUACUCACCCCCAUGU